GGAAACAUGGCGGGCUUUACGAAAAUUACAAACUAAGCCAUCAUUUGCGCGAAUUUUUCGGGAAGCCCAGAAGAUAUAGUUAUUUUAGAGCUUAACUCUAGUAUUCUGGCGCGUUUUGUUUUCAAUCAUGUCUUCGAGUUUUGGAGAUUUGCUGCAGCAGGCAGAGCAAUUGACUGCCGAUAUGGACAGUGGCUGGGAGUUGCCUAGGGUCGAGAGAAACCUCCAUCAACUCGCAGAGGCUGGUCAGAGGUUAUGGUCUCAAACGACUGGUGUUUCUGGAGCUGAUGUUCAAGUGAAGGCUUCCAUUUUACUUGGCACCAAAGGCUUUGAUGUCCCACGCCUUUCAGAAAAACUAGAUCGUCUUGACACCACAAAGACAUUUGAACCUCUUGAGCCUGUUAGAGAGACUGAUAUUCAGGGUUUCCUUCGGAAUGAGAGAGAAAAUGCAAUUUUGGCUGCCAUAGAGGAAGCAAGAGAAAAUACAUUUAAUCAGGCUGAAAGACAUCAGUGGUCCUGUAUGGAGAGUGAAUGGGAAAAAGAAAAGGAGAAAAUUCUCAACUCGCUACUGGGAGCUGGGCAGGAGACACUAGAUUUCUCAGGAGAAGCAGAGGUGUUCACAACAAGUUCUUUGAGUUUACAAGGUAGAAGUGCCCUUGAUGCUACAGAACAAGCUUAUGCCAGACAGGUUUAUAUCCAUAAUGAAGCCCUCAUUCAGUCAGCAAGACACAACAUAGUGGAUGGAUUUACAGCGCUUAUUGACAGAUUUGAAGAUCCGAUCAUCAAGGGGAUGUGGAUGUUUAUCAAAGAACUUGGAGAAGAACUUCAUAGGUCUCAUGGUUCCUUGCAUAUUCUGGCAGAGACAGUUAGGUUUUCCUUAGAUUUUCAAGUGGCAUUUAUUAAAAUGGCCAGAAGUUUCUUGGAAAGAAGAUACUUGCAGUUUGUUCAAGACAGUGUAUAUAGCAAUUUGCCUCGAGCAAAGCUGGGAGGAGUUCCAGGCACUCUGCAACUGGUCAAGAGUUUUUUGAAAAUUAAACUUCCUUCAGUUGUACAAGGACUUGAGGAUGGUGAUGUUGAUGGUGCUCCACUGUGGCCAUUAAUUUAUUACUGUCUGCGAUGUGGAGACCCUAAAGCAGCUUUACAAGCAGUGCAACAUGUGCCACAGCAUUUGGCAGAAUUUCGAGACUUUUUUGUGGAAUAUUUGAACAGCGAAGAGAGCAGGCUCAGUCCCAGCUCGGAAAGCAAACUACGGCUUCAGUAUAAAAGAUCUAUUCGUACAAGUCAGGAUCCCUUUAAAAGGGCCGUCUACUGUCUGAUUGGUCAGUGUGAUGUACAAACAGAUUCUCAUCAAGAAGUUGCCAACAAAACUGAAGACUACCUGUGGCUUAAGCUCUGUCAAGUGACUGUUAAAGAGGAAGAAGGGAAUAACAAUAGUGUUACCUUCCAAAGGCUGCAGACCAUGUUAUUGGAAGAGUUUGGCGAAGCACACUUUAAUGCAUAUCAAAAGCCUUUGUUGUACUUUCAAGUUUUGUUUUUGACCGGGCAGUUUGAAGCAGCCAUAGAAUUCUUGUCACGGGCGGAAGCCUUUAGAAGUCAUGCUGUGCACUUCGCCAUUGCACUCUUUAAGAUGCAUGUUAUUUUGUUGCCUGAGUCAAUCCAAGCACAACUUUUGACUUCCAGUCCUAGAGAUCCUCAACCCAACAGAAGAUUGAACUUUGCACGUCUGAUCAUGUCAUACACACGGAAAUUUGAGGUUACUGAUCCAAGAGAAGCUCUUCAAUAUUUCUUUUUGUUGAGAGGAAUGAACGGACCACAGGGAGAAGACCUCUUCAUGUCCUGUGUAAGUGAACUGGUCUUGGAAACUAGAGAGUUUGAAAUGCUACUUGGAAAGCUAGAACCAGAUGGAAAGAGGAAGCCUGGUUGUAUUGACAAGUUUCUCAGAGAUACUACAAAAAUCAUUGAAGUUGUGGCAAAGGAUUCUGCCGAAAAGGGUUUGUCUGAGGAGGCUGUCAAACUCUUUGAUUUAGCCAAGAAUCAUGAUGGAGCCCUGGAGAUCCUGAACAAACUUCUUAGUCAGGUGAUUUCAGCAUCCAGUGGUGUUCAAUCUCAACGGGAUAGACUACAUACAUUGGCUUUUGACUUAGCACAGAGAUACAGAACAUCGGGUCAUUCAGCAAGCCAAAGUAGAAUAGGCACAUUUUUCCUCUUGUUGGAUCUUAUGCAGUUCUUUGAUCUCUACCAUGCUGGCCAACAUGACACUGCUUUAGAUGUCAUGCAGAAGCUAAGACUAGUUCCAUUGGGGAUUGAAGCAGUAGAGGAAAGAGUGACAGCUUUCAGGCAGUACAAUGAUGAAAUACGACGAAACUUACCAGAUGUGCUUCUAGCAACCAUGAACAUCCUGUACACAAAGUAUCGUAACGCUAGAGGGAGUGGUCAGAGUCCUCUGACUGGUAGUCAGAGAAAUCUGAGAGAUGAUGGUGGACAAGAGAGGUUUCGCGAUAUUUUGAGGCGCCAAGCGCGAGCCCUGAUCACCUUUGCGGGAUUAAUUCCGUACCGUCUUCCUGGAGACACGAACGCACGGCUGGUGCAGAUGGAAGUCCUUAUGAACUGAUACUUUAUUCCAAUGGUUUCCGAUGUGCUGUAAGUUCAGUACUGAAUAGGAAUUGAUAGACGAAAGACCUCAGGCGCGGGUAUAAUCCAUCGUUGUUUUCAACCUCUGUAAAAGCAGUUUUAACCUAGGGAGAGUUGUUGUGAUUUAUCGGUAGGUUUUCUCUGUAAGUGUUAUUAGCCUGAACACAAAAACGAAAUUGAAUUGUGACAGCCAUAGUCUGCCUGGUGACGCCUUGAACCACAAAGUGCAUGAGGACUAAGAAGACUUAAAGCGCUUGAUACUUCUUUUGAAAAACUCUACCCAACGGUUACUAUGUCUAAAAGCGUGCGAGCAGAGUUCUGCCAAACGUCUCGUAGAAAGUUUUGAUGGGGAGCUCAAGAUUUUUGUGUUGAGAUUUACGUGUGAAAUUCCCGUUCUUAUCUUUCAGGCUGAAGAGGCAAGGAGACUAAAGUAAAGACUAGAUUUCUCUUUUAAUUGUAAUCUUCUCAACACUGUUCAACUUAAUGUUCUUGAUUAAUUAAAAAAAAGUGUUCCUGGUUA